GCCACCAACAGUAAACGUCAACAAACAGUGACACGAUCAGUGGAAAAGUCUUGAGAAACCGCAGCUUUAUAGGUGAAGGAGAUUCGUUUCUUGUAAGGACGUUCACGUAAUCCUGCGGUUUGGUAAGAUCGCCUUCCCCGAUAGGGCCCCGCCUUCCUUUUGCCGUCUUUACGUACGUAGAAUGAACGUAAAUGAUGACUUGUUCGUUCGUGAGCUCACUGACGUGACACUGCACAUCACUGCCACAGCCUGUGUGACACUCGUGGCAUUAGAUUGGAAGUAGAUAUGUGUGCGACAUACUUGUGAGGAUUGAUUAGGAAAAUUUGACAAGGACAUUGAUUUUGAUUUUGUAAUUAUUUGAAGUAAGAAGACUAACUGAAUUUCGUCAAUGACAAUGCCAAUUUCAGCUUCUCCAUUAUAAAAAUAAAUAUUGGCAUUAUUCGAUUCAAUUGUGAUUUUGUGAUCAUCGUUGUCUUCGACUUGGCCGGACGUGGGUGUGGAUGUUGGAUCAUUUAUUAGACGUUGAGCGGCAGAAUAGAGAAUUCGAUCAAGGAUACUGAAAAAAAGAAGAAGACUGCAUAGAUCUACUUGGUUUGUCACAACAAUUAACAGACUGAUACGUAUUACCGCUAAUGAUUUACUAAACAAUAUUGUUUACAAAAGGAUUUAACAAAAUGGCUUUUCAUUUCAGGACGUUUCAAUAUUUUGCUAUAGAUCUAGUGUUUAUUAUUAUGAUUAGCAAUUCUAUAGUCUGUUGUCUUGGUGAAAUUUCAUCAUUGAAUGCGUUGGUUAGAGGGAAUGGUGUAAUCGUAGGGGAGGGAGGAGGGAUUGAAAUCAUACAGGGUACACCUGGAACUGUGAUACUCGUUGGAAGCCAUUUCGAUGACCAUACCAUGGUUUGGUUAACUAGAGAAGAAGCUGUCCGGGGAACGGUCUGUGAUGAAUCUUUCCAGCGAGAAGACACUGUUCCUGUUGAUGAAGUGAGUGGUGGUAGCAAUACUACUGGUGAUACAAGCUUGUUGCAUACAGGAAGCAUAGAUAUUACAUUGGAUGGAGUGGAUACUGUUUACUACAUAUGCCUUCAGCAGUCUGAUGGGAAAUGGUUACAUCAAGGUACGGAUCAGUGGUUGACGAUUCUAACGACAGCUGCCCCGAAGCGAUUGCUACCACUAUGGCUCCAGAUCAUUUUCAUUGUGAUCCUGCUCACUUUAUCUGGGUUGUUCAGUGGUCUGAACCUUGGUCUGAUGGCACUUGAUCCUGUGGAACUUCAGAUUCUACAGAAUGCUGGAUCCAGAAAAGAGAAGAAGUAUGCAAAGCUUAUCACUCCAAUCCGGAAGAUGGGCAACUAUCUCUUAUGUUCGUUGCUUCUGGGUAAUGUCCUUGUCAACACCACUCUAACUGUUCUGCUUGAUGAUCUUUCAUCAGGGAUCUGGGCAGUCCUGGGUGCAACAGCAGGCAUUGUUAUAUUUGGUGAGAUUAUUCCUCAAGCGAUAUGUUCCCGACAUGGCUUAGCUGUUGGCGCAAAUACCAUCUACCUAACUCGCUUCUUCAUGGUAUUAACUUUCAUCGUUUCAUAUCCGAUCAGUAAAAUCCUAGACCUGAUCUUGGGAAAGGAGAUUGGUGCUGUAUAUGAUCGAGUUCGCUUAUUAGAACUGCUGCGAGUGACAGACGAAUACAAUGAUCUUGCAAAAGAAGAGGUGAACAUCAUUUCCGGCGCUUUAGAGCUCAGAAAGAAAUGUGUGAAGGAUGUGAUGACUCCACUUGAUGACUGCUUUAUGCUGGAUGAAGAAGCCAUAUUGGACUUCAAUACUGUGACAGCCAUCAUGCAUAAAGGCUUCACUAGGAUACCUGUCUAUAGUGGAACGAGGGAUAACAUCAUUGCCAUUCUGUUUGUCAAAGACCUAGCCUUUGUAGAUCCUGAUGACUGCACACCUCUCAAAACUGUGAUUAAGUUCUACCAGCAUCCCAUAAACUUUGUUUUUGAAGACACAACUCUAGAUCUCAUGCUCCAAGAAUUUAAGAAAGGUCAAGCCCACAUGGCGAUAGUAAACCAGGUGAACAGUGAAGGAGAAGGAGACCCAUUCUAUGAAGUGCUGGGAUUGGUUACUUUGGAAGAUGUCAUAGAAGAAAUUAUCCAAUCAGAGAUUGUGGAUGAGACAGAUAUUUAUUUGGAUAACAAGACAAAGCAGAUUGUUGGUCAUACUAACAAACGUGACUACUCCAUCUUUGCUCAGCAAGGGGAGGUUGGCCGGCCUAAGAUCACUCCUCAGCUAUCUCUGGCUACAUUCCAGUUCCUCUCUACAUCUGUGGAUCCGUUCAAGGUAGAGAAGAUAUCCGAGACAAUCCUCCACCGUCUUCUUGAUCAAGAUAUCAUCUUUGAGGCCCAGCUACCUGAGAAGAAGACUCCAGUCUUCCUCUUCCAACGUGGCAAGCAGGCGGAUUAUUUCAUCAUGAUCCUUCAAGGUCGUGUAGAGGUCACCAUCGGUAAAGAGAACAUUCUCUUUGAGCAGGGGCCAUUCUCAUUCUAUGGACAGCACGCCCUCAUUGCCACGAAUCAACAAAUUGAUAAUAAGAACAGUGGUAGCCGUGCUAGUGUGAGGAGUAUCGGUAGCUCUAACAACCCAUCUCCACCAUCUGCUUACACCCCAGACUUCACAGUUCGUAUCCUAUCCAACGUCCAGUAUAUGAAGGUUACUCGAGUGCAAUACAAUGCUGCACGGGCUGCUACCAAGAUGGAGAGAGAGAGUCAUGGAGAGGCGGCCGUACAGCAAUCUAAAGAGGUCUUCGAGAACGAGUGGCAAAAAGCCGUUAAUCAAGAGAAAUUUGACCAAAGCGUUGAAGAUGCCAGCAAAGACAACAAUGUCAAGAGUUUUCAAGUUGGUAACAAAACAAAAGAUGAGAGUUUGUGACAGGAAGAGAAAUGAGGAAUACCAUGGUCUUUGAUGUACUCAAAUCUUCUAUGCUCAUUGGUCCCAUCGUAUCAAGAAAUGAUUCUAUUCCUUCUUUGCUAUGGAAAGCAAGAAAAAAAAAUUAUUUUUGUCUAGAAUCUGCAAAGUCUAUUGAUCAACAGUAAUACACCUCCUAGCCAUCCUAAAUUUGGACAAAACAAAUCUGUAUUCUGUCUUCUUUUAGAUCUCAUUUGGGUAGGAGUUUUUUUUUUUCCUUAUACUUUCUCCCCCAGGUAAUGCUAGAUCAUUCCUACCUUGUAGCAAAAUCCUCCACGUUAUUCAGUUAUAAAUGUUGGGCUACUUCCGAUUGGUCAGAAUGAUGAUGCGUGCAUGAGUAAUCUGACCAAUUAGAAAUGAGCCUUUCAUGAGCGUACACCAUCUCUCAAGAGCAGACAUACAGGAUCUAGAUUGCCAACUUUGGUAUUGCUACCUUUCCAUAGUAAAAUAAAAAUUCAAAGUGAUCACAGUCUUACUAUCAGAAAAAGAAACAAUGGAGCUCAGAGGCUCAGCAAAAAUGGUUGUUAUUGUAUUUGUUGAUCCCGUCAAGUUUUCCAUCAUUCUGCAUAAACAAUUACUUCAGUUUCCACAUUUCAUAUAUUUGUAAUCAUUUUCACCAUGUUGUAGGCUAUGAGGGUUAGAAUUGAACAUUGUAGAUUAUGAUACAGACCCACAUACUCAAAACCUACACCCAGUAUGAAAAUAUAUUUGUAUAUACAUUUACACCCCCCC